ACCUCCUUUUUACAAAAGUUACCUUUUCACAGUCCUUAUUUUUUUACAAAUCCCCCCUCUCAGCCCUCACUUAAUUUUCUCCCCCUCUUCCUCCCCCUUGUACUAGUAAUAAACCCUAUAUAUACACACACAUAAUAUAAAACAAUCAUUUCUCUUGCCGCAGCCGAUUAGUCUUUGUCGGCAAAGCAACAUGUCCGGCCUCUACAACCCCAACUUCUCGCCGGCCAGAGCUGCUUCUCCUCAGAUUCGAACUAACCCAGAUGUUGAAACCAGUCAGUAUUUGACGGAGCUGUUGGGGGAGCAUCAGAAGCUUCAGCCUUUUAUGCAAGUCUUGCCCAUUUGCACCAAGCUUUUGAAUCAAGAAAUUCUACGGAUUUCCGGGAUGCUCCCCAACCAAGGUUUUAAUGAUUUUGACAGACUGCGCCAUAGAAGUCCAAGUCCUAUGGCAUCUUCGAAUCUUGUGCCAAACAUGCCUCGGACUGCAAUAGGUGGCUGGAAUGGCCUUCCUCAAGAGAGAUUAAGUGGCCCUCCUGCGAUGACAAUGGACUGGCAAGGUGCACCGGCAAGUCCUAGUUCAUUCACUGUGAAGAGGAUCCUGCGCUUGGAUAUUCCAGUUGAUACUUAUCCAAAUUUCAAUUUUGUUGGGCGACUUUUGGGUCCUAGAGGAAAUUCUCUGAAACGAGUUGAAGCUACUACAGGAUGUCGUGUGUAUAUUAGAGGAAAAGGUUCAAUAAAGGACCCGGACAAGGAAGAGAAGCUAAGAGGAAGACCUGGGUAUGAGCACUUGAAUGAACAACUCCACAUUUUGAUUGAGGCUGACUUACCUGCUAAUGUUGUUGACAUGAGGUUACGGCAAGCUCAAGAGAUAAUUGAGGAAUUGCUCAAGCCUGUGGAUGAGUCGCAGGAUUUCAUCAAGAGACAACAGUUACGUGAGCUCGCUUUGCUGAAUUCGAAUUUCAGGGAAGAUAGUCCGGGGCCGAGUGGGAGUGUAUCUCCUUUUAAUACGAGUGGCAUGAAACGUGCAAAAACUGGACGUUAAUAGAUGAGAGUUUGAUGAAUGUUUCAUGGUCUGCUUGAAAGGGUCAUGCCUUAAGAUGCCCUUGUAUUCCUGAGAGCAUAACUUGAAAAACGGUUGGAAUUCUGGUUGGUGAUCUUUUUGGUUGUCUUUUCCUUUUGACGUUAUACAUUUUAGCUGAACAAUAGUAAUCACAAAAUGAAAGGAAAGAGUAAAGGGGAUUUUUUUUAAAAAUAAUUUCUUUUUUAUAUAUUUGUUUGUUUGUUUGUUUUGGCUUGGAUGUGUUGAUAUGGGUGUUGAUAUAGUUGGGAUUGGAGCUAGGUAUGGUAUAUGUUCAUGUAAGACCUAAAUCAUUGAAUUUAUUUUUAUGUUACCAUAGCCAUGGGCUGUUUGUAAUGUAUGUAAUAUAUAUAUUUCUGGUUCAACAUUA